AUGGAAUUCGAAACCCCGAUGGUUGAAGCGGGCACCACAAUAGGCCUCGGCGGUCUGUAUGUUAAACCGGGUGUCGAGCCGACACAACUACCAUCUCCGCCAGCUCCCAAACUUCUCGGACCAUUCGAACCACUUGUCAGAUUCUCUGGACUAGAUUGUCAUAAAUUACGAAAAGAAAGCAUACGAUCAGUAAAAGGAAUACUAACCGGAGGUGUAGCAGUAAUCAUUCUUAUUAUCUCUAUCAUCAAAAUUAUUGUAUUAAUGCAAAUUGAAGAUAAAUCAUUUUCAAUUGGUUGGGCAGAAUCAACAGUCUAUGCUUUCAUGGCAGUGCAAGCAUUUUUCAGUGCAAUUUCAGUAAUGUGCUGGACUCGUGAAGGAUUUGUGUCCCAGUUUGAAGACACACUUGCUCGAUUAAGAACAAUGAGAUUAUCGACAAGUCAAAGCAUUGAUGACUAUACGACUUAUCACAGAAAAGCUGCAAUAAUGAUUAUUCCAAUAUUUGUCGUAUCUUUAAGCACUUCAUUUUAUUCUUCUGUUACCAAUCGGUACAUGUUGAAUGAUUCUACCACAUUCUAUUCUGAUUCCGUGGUCCAUCAGCUAGCACCAUUCAUUGACUUUAUCGGAUGUAUUGCCUCUGCACUUGCAGUUGUUAUUUAUGUCACAGUAAAUACAGCUUUGAAUCGAGAAAUCAAACAUUUCAAUAAAGAACUAACAAAUAGUGCAAGAUUUCAACAACUUACGCUGCCUCAAGUGUUAAAUAACUACAGUAAACGGCACUCGGAUCUAAUUCAACUCACCAGAUUUGUGAACCAACAAAUGAGCAAAUACGGUUCACUUGUACCAUUAUUUACUUUAAUUUCAUUUGUAAAUGCUGCAUAUAUUGUUGGAAGUUUCAAAUCUGUUAUGGAUCCAGCUAUAUAUGUUCUUCUCAAUGGAUGGACUAUUGUUUGUAUGGGAAUUACUGUUGCUGGAUUAUCGCCACCAGCAAAAGUUCAGAGUAAUAUCCAGGAAACCGCUGAAAUUUUAAUGCAUGACGAUGUACUGCAAACAUGUGGAGAUGAUCAGAUGCAUCACACCUAUCGUGUAACUCUAGACCGUUGUCUUCAUAGCAAUUCAAAAAUGGCUUUCCUAAAUGCCUUCCAUGUCGACUCGAAUUGUUUCAAUCGAAUCAUUUUCUUUGUUCCAAAUAUUUCCGCAGCCAUGAUCCUCUACAGAUUAUCUCAUCCAAACUUGUGAACCUUUUCCACUUUUGUAUUUGUAUUUUAAUGUGUUUCUGAAAACCCAAAAAUAUCCAUUUUGGUAUGAAGAAUGGACAAAAUAAAAACGAAAAAAA